UGCCACGCUUCGAUGGCAUCAAAGAUCACGACUGGAGGGCACUUUGCCAUGCAUACAAUGUCAUCCUUUCAACUACACUGUUCUCUCCACAACCCCGUUCAUCGCAACUCUCAUCCCCUUUCAUCACACUCCCACUCUGCCACCUCCCUCCACCAACAUGAAGUUUCAAUUUCCAAAACUCAAGCGCAUUCGCCUGGAGGACGAUGACACCGCAAGCACUGCGAGCACCGGCAGCUCCUUUAGCGGUGAUUGCGGCUCCUACUAUGCGGUGGACAUGAAACUGCCUUGGGAGCUACCUCCGUCAGAUCCAGCAAAGUUCUGCCAGGCUUGGACACCUCUCUCCUUGGAGCAACGCAUGAAAAACCUGGAACGCUCGCAGGAGAUGAGCAAAAAAUACGAGGCACAUCGCGAAGGAAAGGUGUACCGCCCCGAUGAAUUUGCGGUCGGCUCCUCCACCUGCGAGCAAGAUCAAAUCUUCUUCAAGCAAGACACGGGUCUCUGGCAGUGUGUCCAUGAAGCUUGGAUGAAUCAUUGGAAUCUAAGGACCUCUCCCGAUGACUGGUGGCACCCAGUGGCUUGCCGAAUUGCCAAAGCCGUGGCGUCUGCAGCCAAAGAGGGCCGCUGUGGUGACAAAACAUCACAGAAAAUCCGUGAUUUCUUUGUGACACACCAAGGUAAGGAGACCAUCAGUGUUCACAUUGACGCACAGUAUCUGGAAGACGCAGACUAUGAAUCUGUAUUCCAGCAGUUUUCGAGCGAGCUCGAAGACAGAAUCAAAGUGCCUGAAUACGCUGAACUCAUGCAGGGAGACUUUACCACAACAACGGCGAAUCACAAGAUCGCUUCUCAAAUCAAUCUCAUGUCCAGCCUCAAGGAGUUCUUUGAGUACAAGUUGGUGUUCAUGGGGUGCGGCAUCAAGGCGAUUGAAAUGUAUGGCAACGAAUCUGAUUGGGGCCGCCUUGAUGAGAAGCUUAGCGCACUGAAGAAGACCAUUGAGCCCAUCCUGGGGCACCUUCGGUUGCCGCGAGAUUUUUGGGAGCACGCUUCCAAAGUAUUUCAGAACUUGGCCUUGACUCGCAAAGAUCCCACGAACCCCGAAGUGAUCGAGUUCUGGUCGCAAGUCAUCACCAAGACCCAACACUGGGAGCCCGGCGGCUUCUAUGGAAUGGGCAAGGGUAAGAAACAGGUGGAUGCCUACGAUGGUUGGCUAGUGCAAUUCCUUACAGGGCAAUCGGUGAUCAGGAAGCGCGAUGUGGGUAGCGAAUCAAUGAGCGGGUUGAAUGCGGUUCCUGUGAAGGUGGAAAUGACAUGGUGCAGCCCACCCGUCUCGGAAGUGACCAACGUCAUUGGUGGGACGAUGGGCUUUCAGCUCCAUCCUGGUGAUCGUACUAGCAACGGAAUCCCUUCACUGCAGCCCGUUCAUAUGUGGGCAAUGAUGAUCCCUGGUGGGUCCAAAAUCCCGCGCCGAGGCAACAACCAUCAAGGAAUCGAGGUGUCGUUGUGAACUAACCCAGCUGCCUGAAAGCCGAGACAAUGAGCGGUUUCUGUCUCUCCUCAAAUUAUCAACUUUUCGUCGAGCUCUAUCGGAUAUGAAUCCACGUCCUCCACGGCUUGGACGAAACGCCUGGCUUCCGUAGAUAAUCCACCUACUCUAAACGCCGUACUUAUCCACAUUGC